AUGAUGACUGAAAUUGUGAUUACAAUGGGUCUUUAUGAUGUCGGAAGUGUUCGGGUUCGAGGAGAUAUGGAUCUUUCGGACAGUUUCGCAUGGAAUGAGUACUUGGAGAAGACAGGAGGCACUCCUGCUGCUUGGGAAUGUUUUAAGCAGAAUCGGACGCCACCGGAAAACCUCUUUCAAGUAGACUCUCUUCUCGAGGCGGUGGAUCAGAGAAUCGCUCUAAAUGAGACACCACCACCUCAACCACCUUCCGCUUCCUCUGCCAGCGGUGGCGUCGUGUCUACUGCUUUGAAUGGCGUAGCUCCCUCCUCCAUAGCUUCCACUUCCACUUUGUCGGAGGCGACAAGCAGUACUCCCGCCUCCACAUCACCUUCGCUCUCCUCCGCUUCUGUGGCUCCUCGACGGCGACGUUUUUCCGUCACGGGAGGUGGACAGCAGCUACGGCGCUUCCGCUCAGCGCCUUUUAGUCUGGCGCGUGUUAUCGAAACCGCAGGUCCACGGUUGCGUGUCCGCCUCGUCGGCACUGACGACCGAAACGACUGCUGGUUUCUGGUUGACUCCGAUGAGAUCCGACCCUACCCCUCCCAUGAGACUCUUCAACCGCCUUUUGGCUAUGUUCACAACCAUUUGGUGUGGAACAAGACUCUGCGCCGAACCGUGGAGGAGGGCAAAGCCGCUCCUGCUGAGUGCUUCGCCAAGCCUCCGCCAGAUCCAGAGAGAAACCUCUUUAAGAAGGGUGACAAGUUGGAGGCGGUUGAUCGUCAUAAUGCGCAGCUCAUCUGUCCAGCCACCAUAGGUGAGGUAUCUGGUCUCCACGUGCUCAUCUCCUUCGACGGCUGGUCAGGCAACUUCGACUACUGGACGCGGUACGACUCGCGCGACCUCUUUCCCUGCGGCUGGUGCAAACUCGCCGGCCACGCCCUCCAGUCCCCUGGCCCGGCGGCCAUCCAGCAUCUUAACCUCACGCCCACAAAAAUGCCCGUCCUCAGACCCCCUGAUUCCUCCUCUGCCUCCUCCUCCUUAUCGAAGCUAUCGGUGCCAACCCAAGCACACGCAAACCCCAUCACCGUCUCAGUCAGAAGAUCUGUAUCCUCGCGCCGAAAACGACUGACAAUGGCUGGUAGCAGUUCACGUCGCCCACGCCUAUCAGCAACAGAACCGGUGACUCGUCGUGUCUUGGACACUGUUCUUACCAUCAAGCCGGAGAAGGUCGCUGUCUCAACUCCCAUUCCCAUCGCUACUCCCUCCACCACCGCCAUUACGACAACAAGCACUACUUAUACCACCGUCGCGUCGCCACCACAGCCGCCACUGCCUCGCCUCACUGUGAUCACCAAGACCUUAGAGGAUGGCAGCCCGCAGACGAUCAUUAAGGCUACUUCCAGCACGACUUCUACUUCCUCCUCGGAUAAGUCGAACCACUGCCACGCCUCGGUGGAGGGUGGCAGUCCCAUCGCCUCCACACUGCUACCAUUGCCUUCCGACGCGGAGUUUGACAGUGCUGACCGAAAACGCAAGAAGUCGAAGAAGCACAAACGUCAUAGCUCCAAGGAGAGCCAUCACAAACACUUGAACAGUGAUUUACAUCGCUCAGUCAGUUUUAGCGAUCUCUGCAAACCGACGAAGUUAGUAAUCCGCCAACGGCCAGGCGACCUCUCUGGAUCAACAACACAACUCUUCGUCGACACCUUAGAAACUUCUCCACCACCACUCCUGGCCCCCUUUUCAACUAAGUUUUCUCCCUCAAUUGGCACGUCCUCACGACGCAGUCCGACGCCUGUGUGCGUCGGCAGCAAUGGUGAUCCACCAUUCCUUGGGCGAACCCAAAUGCCCUCUCAGUCUACUGUCUCGCCUGCUUCAAUGGACCUUGGACCCUGUCCCCUUCCAAACGUUACAGAGUGGUCUACAGACGACGUGUACAACUACCUCAUUUCUAAGGAUCCAUCACUAGUCGAGAUCGCCAACACCUUCAAGGAGCAGGAAAUCGACGGCUCCGCACUUCUUCUACUAGAUAUUGAAACAAUGCGCUCGCUCCUGAGCAUGAAACUCGGUCCGGCACUUAAGGUUGACGACAUUGUAAACCGGCUCAAGCGAGGCCACCUAUAA